UGAGAGGCGGAAGAGGAGGAACAGGAAGAGUGUUACUAACCAACUUGGGAGGGGGGGAGCUGAAAGGCGGCGUUUGUGUCUCUAAAUGUAUUUCUUUAUCAGUUGUCCAUUUAUCGCUGGUUUUAUGACUCGGUUAUGUUUUGUGCAGUAAAUACGGCUGGUUCGUGGUUAAAGGCAUCUUCUUGGAGCUGUUCGUUAUUACUCGGCUGCUUGAGCCUCCCCUCCUGCUGGGCGCUUCAGCUGUGACCUGAACUUCCCGUUGCGGGAGACAGAGCGGGGGGGAAACGGGAACCAGUGCGCGCAGGGUGGCGUUGAAAAGACUCAUUUGUUUCUUGGUGAAAAGUAGCGACGAUAGCAGAUACCAUUAGAACUCGCUGUUGUAUUGUAUUGUACUAUAUUGUAUUGUAUUGUCUUUUUUUUCUUGGCGGUUGUGCUUGUGUACCAACGCCAAUGACAGCGCGGUUCACUGCUGCCGAGGGGAUUUAAUGGCCCCCUCGAGUCGGUAGAGCUUUUUUCUUCUCCCCCCGACGAAGGACCCUCGCUCGAAGUGCACUCGGGCGCUGUCCUCACCGGGGGGUUUUCUGAGUCAAACCGCUGCUUGGACUAAGAAAACAAGGGACAGGUUUCUGCCCCUCCACCACCACCACCACCUUCACCUCCACCACCUCCUCCUCCUCUUCCACCUCCUCCAGCAGCAGCACCACCAGUCACGCUGUCCGACUCCCAGGAGCUGAAACAUGGCAGGAAAUCUGAAGAAAGGCGGCGGGCUCAUUGGCAUGAUGAAGGACGCGUUCCAGCCUCACCAUCACCUCCACCACUCCCAUCACCAACCCGGAGCCGUGGACAAGAAGACCGUGGAGAAGUGUUGGAAGCUCAUGGAUAAGGUGGUGCGAUUAUGUCAGAACCCUAAGCUGGCCCUGAAGAACAGUCCUCCAUACAUCUUGGACCUGCUACCUGACACCUACCAGCACCUUCGCACCAUCCUGUCCCGCUACGAGGGCAAGAUGGAGACACUGGGUGACAACGAGUACUUCCGUGUCUUCAUGGAGAACUUGACGAAGAAGACGAAGCAGACGAUCAGUUUGUUCAAGGAAGGCAAAGAGCGCAUGUAUGAGGAGAACUCGCAGCCAAGACGAAACCUGACCAAACUAUCGCUAAUCUUCAGUCACAUGCUGGCUGAGCUCAAAGCCAUCUUUCCCAGCGGUCUGUUCCAGGGGGAUAAUUUCAGGAUUACGAAGGCAGAUGCAGCAGAAUUCUGGAGAAGAUCAUUUGGAGACAAGACUAUUGUCCAGUGGAAGGUCUUCCGACAAGCACUGCACGAAUUUCACCCAAUCAGCUCUGGAUUAGAGGCCAUGGCCCUCAAGUCCACAAUAGACCUCACCUGCAACGACUACAUCUCUGUGUUCGAGUUUGACAUCUUCACCAGGCUUUUUCAGCCUUGGUCAUCUCUGCUGCGGAACUGGAACAGCCUUGCAGUGACUCACCCGGGAUACAUGGCUUUUCUCACCUACGAUGAGGUCAAAGCUCGCCUACAGAAGUUCAUCCACAAGCCUGGCAGCUACAUUUUCAGGCUGAGCUGCACACGUCUGGGCCAGUGGGCCAUCGGCUACGUGACUGCAGACGGGAAUAUCCUGCAAACCAUUCCCCACAAUAAGCCUCUCUUCCAGGCUCUCAUCGACGGCUUCCGGGAAGGAUUUUAUCUGUUCCCCGAUGGUCGUACUCAGAACCCAGACCUCACAGGCCUGUGUGAGCCCUCACCGCAAGACCAUAUCAAAGUCACACAAGAGCAGUACGAGCUCUACUGCGAAAUGGGCUCGACUUUCCAGCUGUGCAAGAUCUGUGCUGAGAAUGACAAGGACGUGAAGAUUGAGCCUUGCGGCCACCUCAUGUGCACAUCUUGCCUCACUGCAUGGCAGGAAUCAGAGGGCCAGGGAUGCCCUUUCUGCCGCUGCGAAAUCAAGGGCACCGAGCCCAUUGUGGUUGACCCCUUCGACCCCAAGGACAACAGCGGAGGUUCCUAUGGGGGCUGCAGGGGCAUGUUCGGAGCAGAGGGGGCACCUUCGCCAAGCUACGAUGAUGACGAUGAUGACCGACUGGAAGACCCCCACCUCAUGAUGAGCAAGCUGGCUUGUACUAAAGUGGAGAGGCCUCCAUCUCCGCUGUCAAUGCCACCCCAGACAUCUUUGCCCCCAGUACCCCCACGUCUAGAUCUCAUCCCACACCGACCGCCUAACCCUCCAGGGGCCUCCAGCCCCGGGGCCACAUCAAAGGCUUCUACACAUCACAAAGACAAGCCAUUGCCUCUGCCUCCAGCUCUGCGAGACCUGCCCCCUCCUCCUCCUCCUGAGCGGCCUCAUUCCGCUGGAGCUGAUAGUAGAAUCCUGAGAAGGCCACUUCCAAGCACGCCUGGCGAACCACCUCGUGAUAAACCACCUCCUACCCCGCCCAACCGCGGCAUGGCUGACUGGAACAUACGCCCAGUCCCCAAAGCUCCCUCCCAGAUGCCUGCUGUAGGAGGAGAGACGCGUGGGUCACGAGAGCUUUCUAACCGGCACUCCCUUCCGCUUGCCCUGCCCUCGGCUCUUGAUGGUCAGCGGAACAGCAACUCUACCGGUCUCGAGCACCAGCUGUGUUAUGGCGCGACAGCCUCUGGUGGAUCUGAGUAUGACAACCCAAAAGUGAAGCCCUCUGCAUCGGCCAAUGCCAUUUAUUCUCUUGCAUCCAGACCACUUCCUGCAGUGAAGCAGCACUCUGGGGAGGAUAGCUGUGAGAAUAAUGAUGAUUCUGACUACAUGACUCCCAGCUCUCUGCCUGUGCUGUCCACAAUGACUCCUUCAUUAGGGGAAGCAGUGCCCAGGCCUCACCACCCCAAUUCUCUUAACUCAAGGGGCUUGCUCAGUGAUCUAGACCCCGAAGGCCCACAGAUGUAUGAAGCCAUGUACAACAUUCAGGCCCAGGCGCUCAACGCCACCCUGCCUUAUCAAGCCAGUGAUUCAGACUACUCCGAGUUGCCUCCGUCGGUGAGCAGUAACGGGCCGCAGGAGGCGGAGUGUGAGGAGGAGGAGGAGAACGGCUAUGACAUUCCUAAACCACCUCUGCCAGUAGCUCGACGCACACUCUCAGACGUAAGCGGCUCAUCCGCUACAUUCAGCCGCCUGUCUAUGGACAGCGAAUCAGGAACAUCAUUCCUGUUCGACUCCGUAGAAGCUCCUGAGCGGCCUCCGAAACCCCUGCCACGUCGCAUCAACUCGGACCGCAGGCCGAGCCCUGUUCCCCCUGCAGCCGCAUCCAGCAACCCGCAGAUCAGCAGUGAGAUCGAGCUCCUGAUGAGCCAGGGCUACUCCCACCAGGACAUCCAGAAAGCUCUGAUGAUUGCGCAGAACAACAUCGAGAUGGCCAAGAAUAUCCUGCGCGAGUUUGUGUCCGUCACCUCCACAGCACACAUCCUCACAUAGCGGCCCUUCCUGAUCCAGAGCGAGUCCUAUCUCUCCCUCUCUUUGCUCCAAGGCCGUCCUCCCAUGAGUGUACGUCAUUCAUGCGUGAGGCGCAGGCCUUAUCCGACUCCUGCAUGCUGUUAGCCAGCAGGAGCACCGUUCUUGAAGUCAGCCUCAUGGCAUUGCACAUCCACUGAGGCUUUUAGUCAAACUCAAGCAAGGACAAAAAAAAAAUUGUGUGUGUUUUAUAUAAUAAUUUAAUUUAUGAGUCCAUAUAGUUAAUAUAUACACAUUUAAGGAUGGAGAGGUGUGGGGGCAGGUCCAGAGUGUGUGGGGUCGUGUGUGUGUGUGUCAUGGUUGGGGAAAGGGAGGGGCUCAUCAGCACUGCUGUUCUGUCACAUGUCGAAAACUGCAGCUGAACAUUUGCUGGUGUCGAAAAUUGCCUUUCGUGUUGUUCUGGUACUUUCUUGAGGUGUGUGUGUGUCUGUGUGUGUCUGUGUGUUCGUCAUUUUCUAAAGUGGCAGGGCAUGAGUGACAGUCCCCGUACUACGACCUGAUACUGAUCUGAUCGAACAUCACAUACCGAUGAUGUUUAGUCACUUUCAGAUUUUCCUCCCUGUGUGUGUGGGUGUGUGUGUGUGUGUGUGUGUGUGUGGGUGUGGAGUAGUAGUACAGUUGUGUGAUGUCACUGGACGCUGCCAGUUGAAAUUGGCUUUAACCAUCGUCAGUCACUUGCAUCGCCUCUGCUGCUGUGUAGCAUUACUGUAACUGAUACAUGUUUAUAACGCAGAAUUGGAUAUUGCAGCCUCUUGUGUGAAUCCUGUUACAUACGACAUGGUGACAGUUUUAAAUCCUGCUCUGAAAGAGUAGAAUAUUGAGCUCCUGAUGCAAAUCCGACACCUUUCUCCGAGUGGUGUAGCAGGCUCGUAUUUGUGUUGUAACCUUCGUCGUGUAUGUGUCAUUACUCUGAUGGUGAAUGACGGGCUUUUAUACGUGUGCUUUUUCUAGAGUGUUCUCUAACAGAUUAGUCGGGAGUUGGACACAAAGUGACGCGCUUUGUUCGAAGGAAGUGUUUGCUUAUACAGUUUCUGUCUUAAAUCAGGACUGAAAUCGCUCUGAUUUCGGUGAGAUUUUGUCUGAAACUGGUCAUCUAAGUGAAAUUAUUAUUAUUAUUAUUAUUAUUAUUAUUAUUACUGUUGUUUUUUUUUAAUUAAUUCAGAAGUGCUUUACUGCUGCUACUCUUGUUAGUGCUAAACAAUUAAGCCUUAAGUGUAUAUUUGUGAAUAUUGUGUUUAACCUGUUUUAAAGUGACAGUAUCUGUUCGGUUGAAUUUGAUUAUGUAGCAUACUUGAAAUUGCGAGCAGCUUGUGCAGCUCUGGGCCGAGGCUGGCUUCCGUCGUUCUUUUUUUUUUGUUUGUUUGUUUGUUUUUCCCCACUUUGGGAUCACUUUUGUUUUCGUGUUCAGGGUGUUCCAGAGACAUCAAACUCCUGUCAGCGCCAUCACUGGAGCACCUCCGCAAAUGAGUAAAAGUAUGUGAACAAACACAUUGUUGCAGAAAACCUUUUACUUGUUUUAUUCACAGUUUAGAGGUUUCACUUGUUGGCUUAGCCCUCAAACAUGGAGCGGCUGUACAGCAGCGUUAUGGAGUGGUUUCAUGUUUCAGUCUCCCUCUUUUUUCUCAGGAAUACUGUACAUCCACACAGAGACUCUAUCAGUAUUGAACGGGAAAUGAAAUAUCGUAUCCAUAUUCUCUUAUUCAGGGCAGAAGCACUGAAUGACUACUUUGAAGUCUUUCACUAAUUUGACACGUUUAUUAGUGACGUCGGCGUUCCUCAGAUCUUCUAGGAUGUGCUUAGAAAUUGGCCAUGCUGUCGGACGCACACUGUGUGCGUGUGUUUGUGUGUGUGUGUGUGUUAUACACAGUGAAAUGGCUAAAUUGCUAGCUUAUGAAGCCCUGGAGGAAAUUAAUGUUCACCUGUACAUGCUCUUUCAUUCUACUCUGUAUUUUUUUCCCCCUCCGAGAUAUUGCACUGGCAUAGCAGGUACUUCCACAAUAUGAAGCUUGUAGGUACAACCUUGUUAACCAGAAAGGAAAAUGAUCGAGCAGGUUUUUCUUUCUGACAUGGCAAGCAGGUGAUGAUUCAUAGUUCAGUAUUUUUGUUUGCACCAUGUGAAGUAGUGAAGCUUUGUUUUCAGAUCAGAGCUAUUUUUUAUUUUUUAUUCUGAUUACUGUAUUUCUUGUCAAUAUUGUAUAUCAAGUGAGUGUGUGUGUGUGUGUGUGUGUGUGUGUGUGUGUGUGUGUGUGUGUGUGUGCGCGCGCACGUACCCGUGUGUCCGCGUGCCUGUGUAUUGCAAGAUUUCACACCGUAUACCAAUUUGUGCUCCGAUACUGUCACUUUAAAAUCAAGCGUAUAAAGUUACUUAUGUAUAGAAUAUGUGGAAACGGCUAUGUCUGGUUUCAUUUUGCAUUCCUGUACAUGUCAGAAUUUUUAUUUUAUUUUUUUCUCCAUUUUUUUUUUUUUUUUUUUACACUGAUGUGAAUAAUACUGUGAGCAGUGCCAUAUGUCUAGAAAAUGUCUGAAAUGUUGUUCUGCUGCCCAGAAUAAGGCCUUGUGAAUGAGUGAACGUGUCCUGGUGUAAGUGAUCCGUUGUAUUUUCACACAGCCCCUUGUUGCUAAAUGCUUCUGAAGCUUUUGCAGUGACAUCAUGCUGAAUAGCUGUUGACUGGAACGUCUAUUUUAGACCACGUGAGGGCGCGCUUUCCUCAUUCUGCAAUGACUUCCUCAAGUGUUUCAGGAUUUUUUUUUUUUUUUUUUUUGACUCUUGUUUUUUUUUUCUGACUCUCAUAUCACUUUGGACGUAUGCACAGUACUAUACUGUCUAAUUAAACGAAUAGAAACAACGAUAAUGUCCUCAGUCUCUAAUUUUAGGUACUGUUAUGGUACAGAGGCUGGUACAGACGUCCACCUGGUGCUGUAUAAGUAACCCUGUACUCCGAUAAUAACCUCUGCAUCCAAACAAAGCUUCAGGUGAACUGUUGAAUUUGGGUUUUUAAAGAAGUCAGUGUUAAAAGGUAAAUGUGCUGUAAGUCCAUGUGUGCACGUCAUUAUUUACGUUAUUUAACCACGUCAGAUGCUCUUGAACGUUCCUCGCCACCGGCAGUAGUCGCCUUAAUAAGAAUCGAGCGUUCCAGCCUCUCAGCCCAGGAUGAGAGAGAGCAAAGCUGCUCAUCCUGUGAGUCCGGCUCUGAGAUUUGCAUCGCCUUAGUGAUCGUCAAAUUCGUGAUCCAAACUGCCGUCUCCUUCAGUGCCAUGAUCCUCAACGUCUGCGAGUGUGCGAGUUUCAGAAAUGUUUAUCUCUUUAGAGUUUAACACUCCUUUAGAUUAGGUUCGGUUAGCGACAUGCUCUCUGAGCGGAAGAGUAAAUUGGUUGCACAAGUUCAUUUAAGGGUUUUUGUUGUGUUUUCUUCAUGUCAAAGCCAAAUAAGUUCAGAUAUAUUGUAUUAAAUACAGACAUUUUACUACGUACGUACAUCAUACAUACAUACAGUGUUGGGCCAACAAAGAUACACAUUCAGAGAUAGUAAUGUUCUGUAAUAGUUUGAACUAAACUGCAGUUAAAAAAUCGAGCAUUUACAGAGCAGGUGUGUUUGAUUUUAAAGCAUUGCUGUAAAAACUGGAAAGCAUUAGAGUGCAAAUGAAAUAGGACACGUUCCCUCUCCCAGUCGCUGGUGUGUUGUUUCCUUUUGUCAAGAAAUAAAGACUAAUGAUAUUUAUUAAUGUUGAUGUACUCCAACCCAGAGAUCCCUCCUUCAUAAAAUCUUCACA